AUGGGUGAUGUGGCUAAAGACCUUACUGCUGGAACUAUUGGAGGGGCUGCACAACUAGUAGUUGGUCACCCAUUCGACACCAUAAAGGUCAAGCUCCAAAGCCAGCCUACACCACUUCCCGGCCAGGUUCCGAAAUAUUCCGGUGCAAUUGAUGCUGUCAAGAAGACAAUAGCAGCCGAAGGUCCAAGGGGCUUAUACAAAGGUAUGGGAGCACCACUUGCUACAGUAGCCGCCUUCAACGCUGUCCUAUUUACGGUUAGAGGCCAAAUGGAAACAUUGUUGAGAUCGUCUCCUGGUGAGGCCCUCACAAUAAACCAGCAGGUUGUUUGUGGAGCAGCAGCUGGACUUUCUGUUUCCUUUCUAGCUUGUCCUACUGAACUGCUCAAAUGCAGGUUACAAGCACAGAGUGCACUAGCUGGUUCAGGAACAGCAACAUUGGCGGUGAAAUACGGAGGACCAAUGGAUGUAGCCAGACAUGUUCUCAGAUCAGAAGGUGGCAUAAAGGGUCUUUUCAAAGGCUUGAUCCCCACUAUGGCGCGUGAAAUACCUGGAAACGCAGCAAUGUUUGGCGUAUACGAAGCAACAAAGCAAUUAAUUGCAGGAGGCACCGACACCUCAGGACUCGGUAGAGGCUCUCUGAUGGCUUCCGGAGGCUUGGCUGGCGCUGCUUUUUGGUGUAUGGUUUAUCCAACUGAUGUUGUUAAGAGCGUGUUGCAAGUUGAUGAUUACAAAAAUCCAAAGUUUUCUGGUUCAAUUGAUGCUUUCAGAAGGAUAAAAGCUACCGAGGGAAUUAAAGGGCUUUAUAAGGGUUUCGGUCCGGCAAUGUUCAGAAGUGUUCCUGCAAAUGCAGCAUGUUUCUUGGCAUAUGAGAUGACAAGAUCAGCUUUGGCAUGA